CGGCGGCCGCUCGGUCCCGGUGCCCCCCCGCCCCCGCCCCGGCCCCUCCGCCCGCGCCCGGGCGGCCGCGGGGAUGCGGCGCGGAGCAAGCCCGUGCUCGGCCCCGGCCGCGCUGCCGCUGACACGAGUGAAAGAUGCUGACUGCCAGUAGUGGAACAGCUCCUCUGAGGAACAUAUCCCUGUAAAAUCUUCCCUAAAAAUCACCCGGAGGCAAAUAUUCCGCCUGUGAUGGACCCUCGGAAUACUGCUAUGUUAGGCUUGGGUUCUGAUUCUGAAGGGUUUUCUGGGAAAAGCCCCUCUGUGGCAAACCUUGGCACGUUGGUGGGCAAGGGGGAAGCGGAGCCCGAAGGUUGCAGCAAGGACGAGGAGGACGGGAAGAAGAAGGGCCGGGAGGGGGAGAAUGGCAAGAGCGAGGCCCUGAGCGAGGCCCAGCAGUUCUCCGUGAAGGAAACCAACUUCUCCGAGGGGAACCUGAAGCUGAAGAUCGGCCUCCAAGCCAAGAGGACCAAAAAGCCUCCCAAGAACCUGGAGAAUUAUGUCUGCAGGCCUGCCAUAAAAACCAGCAUCAAGCAGCCAAGGAGGGCUCCCAAGAGCGGGAAGAUGACGGAUGAGAAGAGCGAGCACUGUCCUCCCAAACAAGACCCUUCAAAGUCCUACAAGAAAGCUGGAGAAGUGGCACCGGUUGAGUUACACGCAGAAGAAGGUGUCCAAGUAGAAACAACCCCUUUAUCCAAGAAAGUUUCCCCGUUGCACUCAGAAAUGACGGAUUACAUGAAGUCAUCUCCUCCCACCCUGAUCAGCAGCCAUAAUUCCGAUUUAAAGGACAGAACAGAAAUCAACGGAGCAACAACUGUCACAGAGAAGCUGGCUCAGCUCAUUGCAACCUGUCCUCCCUCCAAGUCUUCCAAAACAAAGCAGAAGAAGCCCGGGAACGGAAGCGCGUCCGGUUUGGUGAAAGACUCUGGGAAGAAGCCGCCAGGAACCAUCAAUCCGAGCGGGAUGGUUGGUAAAGAUUUGGUGAAGAAGCUGCCGGGCUCUGGGAUCGCCGUGGGGCUGGUGAACAAGGACUCAGGGAAGAAGCCAUUGGGGAUUGGCAGCACAGCCAUACUGGUGAACAAAGACUCUGGGAAGAAGCCCCAAGGGAUCGGCCCCUUGAUUGGAUUGGUGAGCAAGGACUCUGGCAAGAGGCCCCCAGGGAUCAGCUCUCCCCCCGGGAUGGUGCACAAGGACUCUGGGAAGAAGCAGCCGGUGACCAGCUCUGCAGUUGGAUUGAUCAGCAAAGAUGUGGGGAGGAAACUUCCAGGGAUCAGCACUCCAGCUGGAUUGACUACCAAGGAGCCUCUCAAGAAGCCAGUAGGGAUCAGCACUCCAGCAGGGUUGGUUAACAAGGACGCUGGGAAGAAGCUGUUGGGGGUAACUAGUCCUGCAGGUCUGCUCAACAAGGAUUCUGGGAGGAAGAUGCCGGGGACCGGGAACGCGACGGUUCUGAGUAACAAAGACUCUGGAAGGAAGACGCCGGGGAUUGGCAGCCCGGUGGGACCAGUUAGCAAGGACUCUGGGAGGAAGGUGCCAGGAAUUAGCAGUCCGGUGGGAUUGGUUAGCAAGGAGUGUGGGAAGAAGCCGGCAGGGAUUGGCAGCCCGGCUGGUUUGGCCAGCAAGGACUCUGGGACGCUGAAGGCAGAUUCCCUCACACCCACCUCGGAGCCCUUUAAGCUUCCUUGCAAUUCCAACCUCAGCAGCCUGGAAAGCCACGAGCCCGCGGAUUUACUGAAGGAAAACCCUACCAGCAAACCCUUUGAGAAGCACGUCGUGAGGCAGAACAAGGAGAGCAUCCUGGAGAAGUUUUCCAUUCGGAAGGAGAUCGCCGAGGUGGGCAAGGAGAUGUUCAACGAGGGGAUGUGUGUUCCCCAGGACGCCUUCUCCUCCGGCGAGAAGGGGGGUUAUGAAGCAUCCAAGCACGAGAAGCAGCCCCCAGUGUAUUGCACUUCACCAGACUUCAGGACAGGAGGUGCCUCGGAGGUGUCGACAGCCAAGUCCCCGUUCAGUGCAGUGGGAGAGGGGAAUCUCCCCUCCCCUUCCCCCACCGUGUCUGUCCCCACCCUGAGCAGGAGCCUCUCAGCAUCCUCCUCCCAGCUGCCAUCCAACUCAUUGCACUUAAGCUCCACGGCAGAGCUCCUGGAAGGCAUCUCUGAUCCCGUGGGCAAGACUCCCUUUUCCUCUGACAGCAUCCUGGGUCUGAGCAGGACCCUGAACCACCCCCUCGGCACCGAUUUUAAAGGUGCUGACAAAGACUUGAGCGAUUCAAAGGCUUCUUACGUGGAGACUUCCAGAACCAGUCCUUCCACGGGGAAAAAGCCCAUUCUGGCAGCUGAAACGAGCAUCCACGCCACUGUCACUCCUUCCGUGGUCAGUUUUACCAGCUUGUUCAGCAGCAAGCAGUUCCUGAAGAUCGGGGCGAUCGCUGCAUCCGAUAAAUCCUGCCAAGGAGCGAAGAACCUGAGCAGCACUCAGCAGUCGAAGCCUCUGAAGAAGAGAAAAGGAAGGAAGCCCCGAUGGACUAAAGUGGUGUCGAGGAACACGUGUCGACCUCCGAAGGGUCUGGAGCUGGAAAGGUCGGAGCUUUUUAAAAACAUUUCCUACAGUGCACUGUCGAGCAGCAAUUUGGAGCAGGCCAAGUUCCUGAAGAACAUCGGGUCGUCCUCGUUCGUGGAGCACGAGUUCGUCAAGCACCAGUUGCCGAAGCUGAACGAAGCCAAUGGCCAGUCCCUGGCACUGCUGGCCGAGACUGACAAACCAACCCAGAAGUUCUACAGCGCCCACAAACAACCCUCGAGCUUGUGUAUGGCAGAUGAUUUCUUGCCUGACAUGUACAAACCCAAAAGAGGAAGAUCUAAACCCAAGGAGAUGCCAGAGCUCGAAGGUCCCCCCAAAAGGACUCUAAAGAUUCCGGCGUCAAAAGUCUUCUCGGUGCAGUCGAAAGAAGAGCAAGAGCCUCCCAUUUUGCAGCCUGAGGUUGAAAUUCCCUCCCUGAAGCAGAGCUUAUCGGGACAACCUUUUCCUAAAAAGAGAGGGAGACCUAAAAGACAGAUCAGGUCAUCGAUUAAAACGAAACCACCUAUUCUGUCCGUGGCACCUUUUGUUGGAACAGAGAACUCGAGCAAGAUGGGGCCUGAAAGUGAGCAGCAUCGACCCGGGGAGUUCUUUGAGAGAAAGGACCAGCUCCGAGGGCCUGAAGAGGUCCAAAGCCCCAGUAUUUGCAGCAUGAGUGAUUUGGAAGUAGACUCAGACAGAAAAGUUGCCAAGAGAAAUAACGGACAGUUAAUGAAAACAAUUAUUCGAAAAAUAAAUAAAAUGAAAACUCUGAAGCGAAAGAAACUCCUGAAUCAGAUCCUGUCCAGUACAGUGGAACCAAAUACCAAAGGGAAGAUGCAAUCCAAGCUCCACAACACGGUGUCGACUCUCGCCGCCACGUUCGGUUCGAAGCUGGGCCAGCAAAUCAACGUCAGCAAGAAAGGAACGAUUUACAUAGGAAAGAGGAGAGGGAGGAAGCCCAAAGCGGUCCUGAACGGCCUCCUGGCCAGCAGCGCCGCCGGCCUGACCGUGCUGGAGAAGUCUGCCCAGCAAGCUCCCGGUACGUCCCUGGGCCAGGUCCUGCCCCACCUGCUGCCUCCCGCGGGGAACCCCUCGGAGGUGCUCCCGUCUCCGGUUUGCUCCCAGUCGUCGGCCGUGAGCGGGGGGCAGAGCCCGGUGAGCAGCGACGCGGGGUUCAUUGAGCCCAGCCCCGUGCCCUACCUGCACCUCCACGCGCGGCAGGGCGGCGUGGUGCAGACCCUGGCCAUGAAGAAGGCGGCCAAGGGCAGGAGGAGGCUGUCGCCGCCCACGCUGCUGCCCAACUCGCCCUCCCACCUGAGCGAGCUGACCUCGCUCAAAGAGGCCACGCCGUCCCCCGUGAGCGAGUCCCACAGCGACGAGACCAUCCCCAGCGACAGCGGCAUCGGGACGGACAACAACAGCACCUCGGACCGGGCGGAGAAGUUCUGCGGGCAGAAGAAGAAGAGGCACUCCUUCGACCACGUGUCCCUGCUCCCGCCCGAGACCUCCACCGUGCUCGGCAACCUGAAGGAGAAGCACAAGCACAAGUGCAAGCGCCGCAGCCACGAUUACCUCAGCUACGACAAGAUGAAGAGGCAGAAGAGGAAAAGGAAAAAGAAGUACCCUCAGCUCCGGGGGAGGCAGGACCCCGAUUUCCUCGCCGAGUUGGAGGAGUUAAUAAGCCGGUUAAGUGAAAUUCGGAUAACCCACCGGAGUCACCAUUUUAUACCCCGGGAUUUGCUGCCCACCAUUUUUAGGAUAAACUUCAACAGUUUCUACACCCACCCUACUUUUCCUUUAGAUCCUUUGCACUACAUUAGGAAACCUGAUUUAAAGAAAAAGAGAGGCAGGCCUCCAAAAAUGCGGGAAGCUAUGGCAGAAAUGCCCUUCAUGCAUAGCCUCAGCUUUCCCCUCUCCAGCACCGGGUUCUACCCCUCCUAUGGCAUGCCUUACUCCCCGUCCCCCCUGGCAGCUGCUCCCAUAGGAUUAGGUUAUUAUGGAAGGUACCCUCCGACUCUUUACCCUCCUCCACCCUCUCCUUCUUUCACCACCCCCCUGCCGCCACCUUCCUACAUGCAUACAGGCCACUUGCUUCUCAACCCCACCAAAUACCACAAGAAGAAGCAUAAACUCUUGCGCCAGGAAGCUUUCCUCACCACGAGCAGGACCCCCCUGCUGUCCAUGAGCACCUACCCCAGCGUUCCACCCGAGAUGGCCUACGGCUGGAUGCUGGAGCACAAGCACAGGCACCGCCACAAGCACCGGGAGCACCGUUCCUCGGAGCAGCCGCAGGUUUCCAUGGACACUAUCACGGCCAACAGCUCCUCCAGAACGGUUCUGGAGUCCUUGAAGCGCUACAGGUUUGGGAAGGAGGCCGUGGGAGAGAGGUACAAACACAAAGAGAAGCACAGGUGCCACAUGUCGUGCCCCCACCUGUCGCCUUCCAAGGGUUUGCUGAGCAGAGACGAGCAGUGGGUCAGGAGGGAGCCUUCGGAGUCGAAUUCCUUGGCGCUGGGCCUGCAGACCCCGCUGCAGAUCGACUGCUCCGAGAGCUCCCCGGCCCUGUCCCUGGGGGGGUUCACCCCCGGCUCGGAGCCCGCCGGCGCCGAGGAGCACACGAACCUUUUCACAAGUGCAAUAGGCAGCUGCCGAGCGCCCGGCCCCGCCGGCCCCGCCGCGCGCAAGAAGCUGCCCGAGAGCCCCGGGCUGUUCAGCGCCCAGGACGCGCCGCUGCCCCGGCCCCUGCGCAAGGAGCCCUCCCUGGAGAAGGCCCUGCAGCCCCUCUCAGGCACUUUGCCAGCCCAGGACAAACCCUCGCAGAGGCCGUCGGAGAGCACGAACUGCAGCCCCUCCAGGAAGAGAUCCACGUCGGAGAGCACGUCUCCCCCAGGCAAGUCGUGCUCAGGGGCCUUG